AUGCUUCCCGCUGGAUGUCUACUCGGUGAAGUGGCGGCCAAGCAGGAGGUCAGCGGAAAGGCGGCAAGAUCGACAGGGCAGAAGACGUUGGAACAGUGGUCCACGAAGGAAGAGAAUGCCAUUUGCGGUAUUUCGGAAGUGGAGAAAAAGUUGCCCUUUUCUCUGGAACCUGUUGGGCUGGUUGUCGACAUCCUUGAAAAGUCUGGAUCCGAACUGAUGAUCGGCCAAUAG